UCCGUGGCUCUUCACUUCUGGUGACAGGCUCCGCAGUGCUGAUGAAAAUAUGUCCGUUAAGGCAUUAAGAUGCGGGGCUUUCCUGUUCAUUUCUGUGCUGGCGGUCUCAUUAAAGACCUCGUGCGCGCAGAGCGAAUGCAGCGUGGGCGAGCUGUGGGCCACUUACGUGACGCAGAACAAGCUGACGGUGAACUGGAAUAAGAACCCUGGCUGCGUGUAUAAGUACAACGUGUGCCUGCGGGCGGCGGGGGGCAUUCGCGAGCAGUGCGAAACCCUCUACAACUUCUUCAUCCAAUGGUCGGCCAGCAGCCUGCAGCCGUGCACCAACUACACCAUCAACGUGGCGGCCGUCGGCACCGAUGGGGCCCGCGGUCCCAACGCCACGCUCGACGUCGUUACCGCUCCGGACCCGGUGAUCGGCGUGGACGUGGUGGAGCGCUCCGACGACUACCUGAUCGUGGACUGGUCGCCGGCCAGCUCGACCUGCGCGCGGCAGUACGCCGUGACGUGGUGCGCCCUGGUGGACUACGGCAGCAGCUGCCGCGCCGCGGGCGCCGCCAACAUGUCGGCGGGCAGUACGGAGCUGCGGCUGGACGGCCUGGAGGCGUGCACCAGCUACCGGGUGUCGGUCAGUGCCCAGGGGGGGCAGGGGGCGUCCGACGCCGUCAGGACCACCGGCUCCACCAGCUCCGUCGGCUUGUCGCCAGUCACCGGGUUGUCUGUGAGCCUGAGGGAGAUGGGCAAGUGGCAGCUGAACUGGGACGUGCCCUCCAAGGGCGUCAACUGCAUCGACUACUACUACGUGUGCACCGAGAUGUCCGGCGACAGCACCAUCCACUGCGGCGUCAGCUACAACAACAGCCUGUCGUCCAAAGUGCAGCACCCUUGCCAGGACUACACUGCCAACGUCUCCAUGCGCCUGCGGUCCGGCGGGUUCUCGGACAACGCCACCAUCUCGUUCCAAACAAGACCGGGCGACCCGACCAGCCCCGAGGCCAACGCCACGGCGACCACCAUCUCGCUGGAGUGGCGCCGCUCGUACAACAACGACUCGUGCGUGGCGUCGUACCUGGUGAGCUGGUGCCAGAGCGCCUACCCGGAGGACUGCGACGCCGAGCACCGCGCCUCGGUCGCCUUCGACCCCAACAACACGCGCCACGCCAUCGAGGGCCUGGAGUCGUGCACGCUGUACCCGGUGGCCGUGGAGGCGGUGAGCCGCGCGGGCGAGCAGUCCGAGCCGGCGACCAUCAGCGUCCGCACCAAGGUCGACGUGGCCCCCGGCGCGGUGCGCAACCUGCGCACGACGCGCGUCACCGCCGACAUCAUCAGCGUGGCGUGGCAGCAGCCCAGCAACUUCAAGUGCGUGUCCGGGUACAGCGCGUGCGUGCGGCGCACGGCCGACUCGGCGGGCGAGGCGUGCGAGGACCUGCCGGCGGCGCGCGUGCGCUGGAGCACCAGCUCCGCCCUGGAGCCGUCCACCAGCUACACCGUGGUCGUGGCGCCCGUCGACUACGACGGCAACCGCGGCGCCAACGCGUCCGUCUCGGUGCUGGCGCGCCGGGCCCCCUCUCCCUAGUUCCUCCUCCCUAUCCCCCCCUCCCCGCAACCACGCAGACCGAGCAUAACAGCUCGAGUGUACUUUAACAGUAAAGCGACGAAUAAUAAUA